UCUCGCGCCACGUCCCUCCUUGGUCAUUCCUCCGUGUUCUGUCUCCCUCCCUCUUCUCUUCUCUCCAGAACUGCCUACUCUGUUUCUUUGUCUUCGGUUCACACCCACCAAUGAUCUAUCCGCCGUCGAGAAAAAGGAAGAAGCGUUUCGCACGCAAAACUAAUCCCCAUCAAGAAAGUCGGCCACUUGUUCGAAGACGUCGGUGAUUUGACGGGCACGCCCGGAACUGAGAAUCGCAUGAUUUCUUCUUAGUUAGCUGUCUGAAACGUCUCAGGUUUCGAUCAUCGCUGAAGGACUUGUACUGCGGCUGAAGGGUGAAAAAUGGAUCGUUACGAGAUACUGAAAGAUAUUGGGUCGGGCAAUUUCGGGGUCGCCAAGCUCGCUCGAGACAGAUGGAGUGGUGAGCUUUUCGCUGUUAAAUACAUUGAAAGAGGCCAGAAGAUCGAUCAGCACGUGCAGAGGGAGAUUAUGAACCACCGGUCCCUUAAGCAUCCGAAUAUUAUUAGAUUUAAGGAGGUCUUGCUCACUCCAACUCAUCUGGCCAUCGUCAUGGAAUAUGCUGCAGGUGGGGAAUUAUUCGAAAGAAUUUGUAAUGCCGGUAGAUUCAGCGAGGAUGAGGCAAGAUUUUUCUAUCAGCAGCUCAUAUCGGGAGUCAGUUACUGCCAUUCAAUGCAAAUUUGCCAUAGGGAUCUCAAGCUGGAAAACACUCUGCUUGAUGGGAGCACGGCACCGCGCCUUAAAAUAUGUGAUUUCGGCUACUCAAAGUCAUCAGUAUUGCAUUCUCAGCCUAAAUCGACAGUGGGGACGCCGGCCUAUAUCGCACCUGAGGUUUUGUCCACAAAAGAAUAUGAUGGGAAGAUUGCAGAUGUUUGGUCUUGUGGAGUUACCUUGUAUGUCAUGCUGGUCGGUGCUUAUCCUUUUGAAGAUCCAGGCGAUCCAAGGAACUUCCGAAAGACAAUUCAGAGAAUACUGAGCGUCCAGUACUCGAUCCCGGAUUAUGUGCGUGUCUCCGUUGAAUGUAUGCAUCUCUUGUCUCGAAUUUUCGUAGCCAACCCUGAAAAGAGAAUAACUAUGCCUGAGAUUAAAAGGCAUCCAUGGUUCCAAAAGAACUUGCCUGUGGAAUUCAUGGACGAUGAGACAGGCCUCUUGCAAAUCGACGGACCAAACGACUUGAAGCAGAGCUUGGACGAAAUAUUGGCCAUAAUUCAGGAGGCGCGGAAACCGGUAGAAAUCCCGAAACUCGGCGGGAUUCUAGUCGGAGGGAGCAUGGAUCUCGAUGACUUAGAAACCGAUGCGGACAUAGACGACAUCGAGACCAGCGGCGACUUUGUCUGCACGCUGUGACAGCAAUGCACACCGUGUUCACUUACAAGCGAGGCAUACAAUUAGUGAUCUUGGGUUAAUGUUGAUAUUCAUGAGGAAGAAGCUACUUUUGAAGGUGUGGGAUAUACACUUGGGUUUGGGGGCAAAGGGAUGGAUUUGAUCCAAAUGGUAGGCUAAUUGGCUCCUCUUUGCUGUGUACUUUAUGAAGCUGAAAAGAACACACCGACCAGAAUUACUGUGUAAGUUCAUGGACUAGUACGAGGAUGCACAGUAUUACUUUUUUUCCGAUUACUGGAU